CUCUUAUAUAAUUGAUUCAAAACUAGAAAGGGUAUCUUAGCUAUUGUAAGAGAGAUUUCCAAAAAGAAAAAAGGGCAUCUCUAACACUACAUAUUGUCUCACCUUGUUGCAUCUAUUGAACUUAUUCAAACGUGUGUUAUUUUUUGUUUUCAUGAUAGCUGGACAAAUCUUGAUGGUUAUGUCCAAAUUCAUUCUAAAAUAUUAUUAAGCUUCUAAAAAAAAUGAAAUUCUAUUCUCUCACUAGCUCCCUAUUUUUGGUUUCUCUUUUUCUCUCUCUAAAUUUUGUGUCUAUAAAAAGGCCAUACAUGUAGGUAAUAACCAUUAUAUUGCACCAAAGAUAAAAGAGAAGAAACUUGUAUUUUUCUAGUAUACACUUCUUUGUAUUGUAACUUGUUACUUAAUAUUUCAUCACUUAAUUUUAAUCAACAUGGCAAGAGGUGUAGAACCUUUGAUAAUAGGAAGGGUUAUAGGAGAGGUGGUUGACAUUUUCAACCCAAGUGUGAGGUUAGAUGUGACUUACAACUCAAGCAAGCAAGUUUCCAAUGGCCAUGAGCUUAUGCCUGCUGUUGUUGCAUCGAAACCUCGAGUCGAGAUUGGUGGUGAAGACAUGAGGUCCUCUUAUACUUUGAUCAUGGUAGACCCAGAUGCUCCAAGCCCUAGCGACCCAUACCUAAGAGAACAUCUCCAUUGGAUUGUGACGGAUAUUCCUGGAACAACUGAUAUUACAUUCGGUAAAGAAAUAGUUUGCUAUGAAACACCAAAGCCGGUGGUUGGAAUACAUAGGUACAUCUUCAUAUUGUUCAAGCAAACAAGAGGAAGGCAGACAGUGAGGACACCGUCGUCAAGGGAUUGUUUCAACACUAGGAGGUUUGCUGCUGAAAAUGGCUUAGGCCUCCCGGUCGCUGUCGUCUACUUCAAUGCACAAAGGGAGACUGCUGCCAGAAGAAGAUGAUCAACAUUAAUCCAAGCGAGAUACAUAAUAUAUACACAUUAUGUUAAGGUUAUUAUUAAGGUUUCUAGCUAGUAUUACAUUUUAUGUUGCAUGCAUGUUAUGUACGUUUUAAUUGGGAAAGGGGUACGUAGGUUUUGGAAGGUUAAGUUAAGAAAUGGUCGUGUUUCAUAAGAGAAAGUAGCUUAGGUUUCUGAAUUAUUAUAUUUCAGAAAUUGCUAGCUAUGUAUGUCAUUCAUGUGUUAUUGUAUGUCCUUUUUCCAGUGUUUUUUAAUGAAAUGGUUUAAUGAUCCUCUUUGACGUGA